AUGUUAUUGAAGAUAACGCCGUUUUUGGCGGCGGUGAUCUUUUGCUGCGCAGCAGUUACAGUAAAUGUAGCGGAAAAACCAACAGAGACACCAAUUGAUAAACGGAGCACAGCCAAUGGGUACGGUUCUUACGCCGGUGGUUAUGCUCCGACCACGGAUUACGGUGCGGCGGCUGUACAAGACGGCGCUGCGGCUUACCAAUACGCCGCAGCGGCUCCGAUCGCCACCGGUCAAUACGCUACGGGUCAAUACGCCGCGGUUCCGGCGGCUGCUUCCAUUGGUGCCUUAGUGGUGCCUACCAACCAGCUAUUCUACCCGCAGCAACAAGCGUACGGAUACUCGUCAGGUCCAGCUUACGCCGCCCCGCUGACUUCGGUGGCUUAUAGCGCCUAUCCAGCCACGACUUAUGGCUUCCAGUCACCAACUUACAGUGCCGGUCAAUCGGCUGCUUAUGGUGCCGGUCAAUCGGCCGCUUACAGUGCUGGUCAGUCAGCCACUUAUGGUUCCGGCCAAUCGGCCUCUUACGGUGCUGGUCAGUCAGCCACUUAUGGUUCCGGUCAAUCGGCCGCUUACGGUGCCGGCCAAUCGGCUGCCACCGCUGCUUACAGCUCACCACCGGUCGCUUCAUACAGCGUAUCAUCCUCAACACCAUAUAAACCAGGGCCCGUGACUUUCGGCAAACCGGAAGCUGAUUUGCAAACCAACUUGGCACCAUCGUACCAAACGUCCCCGGGACUUAGCAAUUACGUUUCUUCAUCUUUCAAGACCAACAAGUAUCCAUCGUACUCACCAUCCUCCUACCCGUCUACGUCAAGCGAAUACUACGCAGCACAGCAGUCGUCGUCGUACGGGUCACCGUCCAAACCUAGUAGUUACCCAUCAUCAGUGUACCCGUCUGACAACUCAUACAACAAAUUUAAGUACCUGCCACAGAGUUCGUUGUACGGUGGUGGAUCAUCGUACAAACCAUCCCCAUCUGCCCAUUACAAACCAUCAUCACCGUUCGAUGCAUUCGCUCCAUCUUACGGACAAUCUUCGUCCUACUCGUCUUCACCUCAAAAGUAUAGUAGCUCUCCCUCGUAUGGUGGUAGCUCUUCCUCAUAUGGUGGUAGCUCUUCAUCGUACGGUAGUAGCUCUCCCUCGUACGGUGGUAGUUCUCCCUCGUACGGUGGUAGCUCUCUCUCAUAUGGUGGUAGCUCUCCCUCGUAUGGAGGAAGCUCUCCCUCGCACGGAGGUAGCUCUCACUCGUACGGUGGAAGCUCUCCCUCUUACGGUGGAAGCUCUCCCUCUUAUGGUGGAAGCUCUCCCUCUUACGGUGGAAUCUCUCCAUCUUACGGUGGAAACUCUCCUUCGUACAGUGGAAGCUCUCCCUCGUACGGUGGUGGAUCUCCCUCGUACGGUGGUAGCUCUCCCUCAUAUGGUGGUAGCUCUCCCUCGUACGGAGGAAGUUCUCCUUCAUAUGGUGGUAGCUCAUCCUCGUACGGCGGUAGCUCUCCUUCGUACGGUGGUAGCCCUCACUCGUUCGGUGGAAGCUCUCCCUCGUACGGUAGUUCAUCUCUGUAUGCUGGUAACUCUCCCUCUUACAGUGGUGGCUCUUCUUCGUAUGGUUCACCGUCCCCGUACAAACCGUCGUAUGGAUCAUCAUCACCUUAUAAAUCGUCGUCCUCGUACAAGGCGCCAUACAGCAGCUCCGGUCCAUCAUUUGAAUCAUCAUCCUCUUAUAAGUUGUCUCCAUAUUCUGGCGGAUCUUCCUACGAAGGAUCUCCAUCCCCAUACAAAUCUUCAUCUUAUGAAGGAUCUUCAUCUUCCUACAAGUCAUCACCAACCUAUUCAUCAGGUUCAUUCAAACCAAUUGCUUCUUCCUAUUCUCAGAGCGAAUAUGAAUCACCGUCAUCUUCUCCUUACAGUUCUAAGCCAAGUUCAUACGAAUACAGUUCUAAAUAUUGA